AUGGUGGUUUCUCUAUCAUCUUGCCUCACCUCACUCCUUCUGGUAGCAGGAACGAUAGCACCAACUGCUGCCUAUCAGCAUGAGCCUCGUUCAGACCCAGGCUUAGACGCGUGGCGUGCAGCAAAUGAUCGCACAGCGUCUCCCCAACCAUGUCCCGCGUCUUGCCAAGAUAUUGAUGCUGACUCUGGCAACUCUUCAUGGUUCCUGUUUCCUGAUGCAGCCAGUCUAGGGGCUUGCAAUGACACUAUGCUGUUGAGUUUCAACAUUCAGAAGACUGUCAUCAACGGGGAACAGAUACCGGUUACUGCCAUCAGAGGGUACGAUGUUGCCGCAGUCUGCUCUACGCCCAAUCAUGAUAUAGUCCAGACUUCUGUCACUAUUGGCGAGCCUGCUGACGCCACCGGCAGCGGCAGCAGUGCUUCUCUGGACGACAUUCUCUCUGCGGGACACCAAGUCCAAAACUAUUUGAGCACAAAGGCGCCAUCUUGCACGGAGAAUGUUUUGACAUUUGGUUACUCUCAAUCUGCUGUUGUUGGUCUCUUCGCCGGCGCUGAAGUAUACCAGCAUGGUAUCCAUGCGGACAUCUUGAGCCGCUUUUUGCAAGAUGUUGAAGACAAAAAGACCUCAUCUGAAGUCCAGAUUGUCCAACUCUGCCCUAACAAUGGCCGUGGAGCUGACUACGCAAUCGGAAUCAUUGCAGCUCCCGCCAAUGAUUUGGAUCUAGUCCAAGAGACUGUACGGACCUGGUCAGAUGGGAGAUGCGUGGCUGGGAACUUUGAGAACUAUAUGACAGUCUCUCUGCGAGUUCCUGGUCAAGUCCAAGGCUCCAACAGCACAAUCUCUUCUUCAUCUCCCUCAUCAGCGCUGUCAGAAGCGGCCCACGUCUGGACAAAGCGUAGACUGGCCGCGAGAGCUACUUGUAAAACCACUACGGUCAAACCUAACGAUGGUUGCGCUGCUGUUGCCACGCGAUGCAAAAUCAGCCAGGCAGAUUUGCAGAAAUUCAAUCCUGCCAAGAACUUCUGCAAGACGCUUGUCGUUGAUCAAGUAGUCUGCUGCUCUUCUGGCACGCUGCCAGACCCUAUUCCUCCCGCCAACUCUGACGGCACUUGUAAGACCAAGUCUGUUGUCGCUGGGGAUUCUUGCACAUCCAUGGCGACAAAGUGCGGGCUCAAGGCUGCAGACUUUACCACCCUACACAGUGGUGACAAGACCUUUUGUUCGACCAUGAAAGCUGGCCAGCCAGUUUGCUGUACCCAUGGAAAGUUGCCUGAUAUUACCCCCAAGCCCAACAAAGAUGGGUCUUGCUUUGUAUAUACCAUCAAAGCAGAGGAUGGCUGUGAUUAUAUUGCUGCGUCCCAUGGACUUACUAAGGCCAAGAUUGAAGAUCUUAAUAAGAAGACAUGGGGCUGGAAUGGAUGUGGAAAGGUGCUUAUCAAAGAUGCGCAGAUAUGCCUCAGCACAGGAACGCCUCCUUUCCCCGUAUCUGUCUCCAACGCUGUCUGUGGACCGCAGGUCCCUGGGACGAAAAAGCCCACCUCUGGAACCAGUGACGACUGGGUCAAACUAAAUCCCUGCCCUUUGAAUGUUUGCUGCAACAUUUGGGGGCAGUGCGGCACUACGGAUGACUUCUGUGUCGCCUCUAAAUCGGCGACUGGUGCACCAGGCACAAGCGCUAUCAAAAAUGGAUGUAUUUCCAGCUGCGGUAGAGACAUCAUCAAGGGCUCGGCCCCGGCCAAGACAAUGCGAGUUGCCUACUAUGAGUCGUGGAACUCGAACCGCAAGUGCCUACACAUGGAUGUGGACGAGAUUGAUACAACACAGUACACGCAUAUACAUUUUGCCUUUGCCAAUGUCACUUCAACCUUUGGCAUUGACAUUAGCGGUGCUCAGGACCAGUUUAACCGCUUCAAGGCCAUGCCUAACACCGUCAAGAAGAUCAUCUCCUUUGGUGGGUGGGACUUUAGCACUAAGCCGGGCACUUACAACAUUCUACGCGAGGCCACUAAAGCUGCAAACAGAGCUACUUUCCAGAAAAACAUUGUUGCCUUUCUCAAACAGCAUAACCUAGAUGGUGUUGAUAUUGACUGGGAAUAUCCUGGCGCCCCGGACAUUCCAGAUAUCCCUGCCGGAGAUGCUAAUGCUGGUAAGGACUACUAUGAUACUUUGAGUGCUCUCAAGACAGCCCUCGGCAGCAGCAAGUCUGUGUCACUCGCGGCCCCAGCGUCCUAUUGGUAUCUUAAGGCUUUCCCCAUCAAGGAGGUAGGAGCCAAGAUUGACUACAUCAUCUACAUGACCUAUGAUCUACACGGCCAGUGGGAUUAUAACAAUAAGUGGACUUCCCCUGGUUGCCCUACUGGCAACUGCCUCCGCUCUCAUGUCAACAUCACUGAGACCAAAGACGCCUUAUCUAUGAUCACAAAGGCGGGGGUACCGUCCAACAAGGUCGUGGUAGGAGUCAGUAGCUACGGACGAUCGUUCAAGAUGGCUAAGGCCGGAUGCACAGGACCCAUGUGCCAAUUUACUGGCACCCCAAGAGUAUCAAAUGCGGCCAAGGGCCGCUGUACAGACACCAGUGGCUACAUCUCUAACGCAGAAAUCGGGGAUAUUCUCUUGUUUGGCAAGGUGAACAAGCAGUGGACCGAUGCUGGGUCGGACAUUCUCGUUUAUAACGACACCGAGUGGGUUGCGUAUAUGAAUGACACCACCAAGGCAGCUCGGGCUACCCUGUAUGCUUCGUACAACUUUGCAGGAACAAGUGACUGGGCUGUCGACUUGCAAGACGACUCUGGAGAGGACGAGGGCCCUGAUGACAACUUUGUCGCCGUUAUUAAUGACAAUUAUUAUGCAAAAUGCGACGCUAAUUAUACCAGCCUGGACCAGCUUACAGAUAACAAGGGCAGUAUUCCCUACUACUGCAUGGAUCAGUAUAUCGUCGAUGUGGAAAUCCAAAUCUUGACCGACGCGUUAGCCAAGUACAAGGAUCUUGUCAGCAGCGGCUAUGACGAUAAAUUCAAAAUCUACGAGGAGUACACUAUCGAACUGGUCCCCACUCAGAUCAACGCCUUCAUGGGCAACGGCCAUGCCGAUGAUUUUUUCAAGUGUGAACAGACGAGCCAUAGCAUAUGCUGUUCCAGUUGCGAGGUAGUAGCUUGCAGUUCAGUCUGCGACCACUCGCCAGACUGCAAGGAUGGUCUUCUUAGCAACCAUGCGAUCACCUGUCCCACAGUCUACAAGGAUGGACCGGAUAAUGUCGACUGGCUCCACACACAGGUGCCCAACACGACGUACACUCUGAAUAACUCGGAUGGCUUUUACAAGGCCAUCAAUGAUGAUUACGGAAUUGAGAAAGAUUGGAUUGAGUUUGGUGAUGUUGAUAUAAAACUCACAGAGGGCUGUCAGUCCAAAGAGGAUAUCAGGCAAUGUCAGCGAGAAAACGAUGAUUGGUUCUGGAACUAUCCUCGAGCUGCCAGCGACAUCAAAGUCUUCAACCCCAAGGACGUGAUUGGCCAAUCGUUUGACAGAUCUCAGGAUUUGCUCGCCAACCUCAGGAUACUACGGGCCAUUGGCUCCCUGGACUCUCAACUCGACAUGGCGGAUGUGGCCGAUGCGGCUUCUCUCCCAGCCUUGACGAUGGCGCUCGCCGUGGCGAGCAUGGAAAAGGUUGUCAAGGAGGCUAAUAAUAUCAAGAAACAAGAGCGAGAGGAGAUGAUUGCCAACUUUAUCGGCGCCGUUCUCUUCUUCAUCCCCUUUGUGGGAGAAGCGGUUGAUAGCAGUAUGGUUGCUAUCCGCUCUGCCUUGGAGAUGGCUGAAGCUGCGGGAGAGGCUGGACUGCUGGCUUACAGCAUUGUGCAAGAUCCUAGCAAUGCUUUUAUGGCUGUGUUUAGCACACUGGCGGGUGCAGGCAUGAGCCGUUCGGCGUGGUCAAAGGCUGCUAAUGAGAGGAGAGGGAUGAAGGAGGAUGAUAUCGGAAAGUUGGGGUCGAUUAAGGAUGAUUUAGCCAAGAUUGAUAAUGUCCGUGGAGGAAUGUGCAGGUUUUAA